UUCUUAAUUUUUGAGUCUUGUAUCACAAACCAACUUCACUCCUCUCACUACUUACACAACAUAUAUAUAUUAGUGUGUUUUUUGUCAAGAUGUUGUACAAGUCAUCUGUGAGGCCUUUAAGGAUUGUCAUGACUAAUUUGCUUACAGUAUUGUUGCUAAUUGAUGUGUUUGCAUAUGGCUUCAGAUACGGAGUAGAUGGCUUAAACAUGAACUACUACUUGAUGAGUUGUCCUUUUGUUGAACCCGUUGUUAAGAACAUUGUCAACAGGGCUUUCCAGAAUGAUCCAACACUUGCAGCUGCUCUAAUUAGAAUGCACUUUCAUGACUGCUUCAUUGAGGGAUGUGAUGGCUCAGUUCUGAUUGACUCCACUAAGGAUAACACAGCAGAAAAAGAUUCCCCAGGGAAUUUGAGCCUAAGAGGCUACGAAGUCAUUGAUGAUAUCAAAGAAGAGAUUGAAAGGCAAUGCCCUGGCGUGGUUUCAUGUGCUGAUAUUCUUGCCAUGGCUGCUAGGGAUGCAGUUUUCUUUACUGGAGGGCCAGUGUAUGACAUACCUAAAGGAAGAAAGGAUGGAAGAAGGUCCAAAAUUGAGGAUACUAUCAAUUUGCCAUUCCCUACUUUCAAUGCCUCUGAGCUCAUUAGGUCAUUUGGUCAACGUGGUUUUUCUGCACAAGAGAUGGUUGCCCUCUCCGGGGCUCAUACACUAGGAGUGGCAAGGUGUGCUUCUUUCAAGAACCGAUUGAGCCAAGUGGAUCCAAAUUUGGACACAGAAUUUGCCAAGACAUUGGCUAAAACAUGCAAUUCUGGCGACAAUGCAGAGCAGCCAUUCGAUUACACGAGGAACGAUUUUGACAACGUUUACUUCAACGCCUUGUUGAGGAAAAAUGGGGUUCUUGCAUCAGACCAAACACUCUACACUAGCCCCAAAACUAGGAACUUUGUGAAUGCUUAUGCAUUCAACCAAGCCAUGUUCUUCUUUGAUUUUCAACAAGCAAUGGUGAAGAUGGGUCUGCUUGAUGUCAAAGACAAUUCCAAUGGCGAAGUCCGAGAAAAUUGCCGCAAAAUAAACUGAAUCAAUUAGUUAAAACUACAUUCUAUGCAUAUUAUCUGUAUAAAUAUGUAUGCUUAACACUAGCUCUAUUUUGUAUCCGUUGGGUGCAUUUAUAUUUAUAGUUGUAAUCCUAAAUAAUCAGUGUAUUUCCUAUAUUAAUUAUAUGUAGCGUGGAAGUAACUCAA